AUGAGGUCUCUCAUUGUAACUUCUUUUUUGAUAUCGGCGGCCAUGGCCUGGCCGGUCGAAGUGCCGCCACAGGAGACUGAGCCCCCAACCCGUGUCGAAGAGAGAGGCGUUGGUCAAGUGGCUGCGAUUAUACCUACAACCACCGGGCAGAUUGGAAUCAAUCCGGUCCUCGUGGUUCCAGUUGAGACCACAGGGCCAUAUAACAAGUUCUUCUCGGACUAUGUCGAUGACAAGGGCAACUGGAAAGCAAAAGACACAGAGCACAUCACCCAAGUCCAAGUCACAACCAAGGACAACAAGCCCACAACAGCCACUGUGACCGCCCCGGUAGCCAUUAUGACCGGCCCUAACGGCGACCUGGACAUUCUCAUGGCGCCCAAGCUCCAAAGCCAGCUGGGCGACAUGAUGGGAAGAAGGUGCCUGCAUGCUCGAAGAAGCGAGAAGCAGCAGUUAAUCAAAGCUUUGAAUGAUGCGGUUAAGGACAUCCAAUUCCUAAGCCAGGAUGUGCUCAAGGCCCUGGGUCAACCCGCCACCGCACAGCAAGCUCAGAUGGUUGCGAAUGGAAUGGGAGCCGUCAGCCUGGUCUGGAUGGCUUUCCAUGUUUACGUGAAGGACCAUCUUCCUCUUGCGUUCGGGAUUAGAGACCCGCCGAAGAAUAACCUACCCACUACAGAGUCUCCUCCUGAGGAGCCCAAGAAGUGCCCGGCGGAUGCACCCAAGGGGAAGGAUGCCCCUGUUUGCAAUGAUUGCAAGGGGAAAGAUCAUGUUUGUCAAGACGGCAAAUACAAAUACUGUAAAUGCCUCGACGAGAUAAAGCCCACCUUCUACCCCUUCGACCAGGGGUGGUUUACCGCACAGGCUGACGCACUCAAGUACGCUCUUGCACACAUGGACGACAAGCCUAAAGUCACCUGCUCCGACACCGGGUACAGCAAGGCUGUCGCGGUCGACGUCUCUUUCGUCAACAGCCUGGCGGAUAAGUUCUGCAAGGGCGAUUCGAAGAAGGAGCGCCAUGUGACGCUUGCUGGCAACGACAUCUCUUCCGAUGCGUAUAAGAAAUACACCUUUGACCUGACUUAUAACCCACCUAAGGACGUGAACGAAGAGUGUGAUACGGAUUGCCCUGGGGCGAUCAAGGCCAUGACGGCUGGUUGCGAAGGACUGGACAGCCAUAGCGUUCAGAGAGGAGCUAACGUGACUCUUCCAUGCGGCGCGACGUAUAGUUACGAGAUCAACAUCCCUGACCACCCAGACCAAGCGGACAUCACUUGUGCCAAUGGAGGAGACUAUAGCAAAGCCAUUGAUGUCGACGUCUCUUUCUUCAAACGCAUGGCCGAGAACUUCUGCGGUGGGGACCUCACCAAAAACCCUAAGAAGGAUCUGACCAGCGACGACAUCAAGUCCAGCGCUUACAAGGGAUACAAGUUCCACUUUGAAACCGACUCGAGAACAGAUUGCCUGCCUGACUGCAAGGCUACAUUUGACAAUAUUGCUCCAAAGUGCGAGGGCCUCAACAGCCAUUCAAUCCAACCAUCUGGAAGUGCCAAAUUUGCCUGCGGAACCAGCUUCAGCUACAAGAUUGAGAAACCUGAUCAACCACCCCCGACAACGACCCCAGGAGAUAAGCUCGGCUCGCUCCAGUGUCACGGUGCCAACGACUUCGGCAAGCAUGCGGACAUCUCCCCUGACUGGCAAAAUUCGUAUACCGGAUGGGCGUGUGCUGGCACUGCUAUUCCUGACAAUGUCAUGGAUGAAAAGAGCUCCCCGAUUGUGUGGCAGACGAAGACAAACGAUGCACCGUACUAUUACUCUAUCUCUUGGGUUAACGGGUGCAGAGGGCCGAAGCAGAGCCCGUGGGCUCCGCUAGGAGGUCAGACGUUCCCGGAUAGCAACGACCAAAUUACUUGUCAGAAGCUGUUGAGGACAGAUUUCACAGACUGCAAUAAUGGGGGUGUUGGGGGAUACAGGGAUGCUGGAUGUUUGCGGUAUGAGUUCAAGGCGCAGUAUACCAAGUAA